AAGAACAGCAAGUCCCAAAUGUUGCCCUCUUCGAACUCCGACAAAUCCGGGAAGCAGGAAGCCAAAACCUCGGCAACACAUGUGAACUGCUGGUGGAUGUGUUUCAGGUCGCUGACGGAGAAGAGUCCGGCCCAGCUCAACUGGUAGCCCUCAGCUGAAACGUCUGCCCUCCGCCGCUGCCGCUGCAGGGUCCGGUUGUGGCAGGUGACCGCGAACUUACACUCGAUGACGUUCCACUGCACGAUAAAGCCGAGUCGGUACGUCUCGGGCUCUUCAAAUAAGUUGCUUUUAACUGCCACCCAGUCCUCCAGACUGUCUAACCGUUCACAUUCCACGUUAUUCAUGUUAUUUACGUGUUUCUUUUCCGUCCCCAAGAAGCAGCUACUCUGUUUACAACGUCCGCCAUUUGUAUGACGUAGGAGGCUUUCACGUGCCUCACCACAGUGUCGGAAAGUCAACAGAGUCAUUCUAUCAUGAACUACAGCAAAGAAUCGAUUUGUUUAAAAUCAAUCCAUCAUGGAGGUAAAUCUAUAAUGAGAGCGGGUGAUGAAUUAAAGCAAUCGUAAACAAGAGAUUAAAACGAUUUUUUUUAAAAAGGUUCAAUCGUCUACGAGAUACAUUGAACGCAACAUCCCGCCCCUUUCAUUUUAAGCUUUGGUCUUUAAAUCACGCGUUUGGGGAUUUCCACGCGCUGUCGAUGACGUAACAUCCCCUUCAAUAACUGCACUGUCACUUGGAUGAGUUGACCCGAUUACAGACGAAUAUACGUGCCAUUAACAACACCAUAGUUCAUGACCACCAAGUUUGGCCUGUCAUUUGAGAGGUGCGGGGUCAGUCUAUUUUCACCUCGCUCACACUCGGAUGUUUGGACCUGCUCCUCAGCUACUAUGGCUGCCUAGGCGGACAAAAGAAUAUGAAGCGUUUCGGAAAGAUGACGACCUUGAACGAGUCCCCUCUUGGUUUUGAGCCCUGUGGGGACGCCGCACCUCCCUCACCCACGGGAGCAGAAGAUGGACACGGUGAAGUGGAAGAGGAUCCUCUCAGGAGUCGCAUUCAAGACAGAGUUGCAGAGAUGGAGAACUUUGCAGGACACCUUGAAGAGAUCUUCCUCACUGUGGAGGAGAACUUUGGGCGGCAGGAGAAGCACCUGGAGCAGCACUACAAUGAUGUCCUGCAGACAUUGUCGCAGCGUUAUGACGAGCGAGCGAGUGGGCUGGAGGAGGAGAAGAAGAGCAAGCUGGAGGCUCUUUACAACCAGCUGCUGAGUUGUGGCCAAGCCAUGGACGAGUCCAAGGAGCUGAUCGAGACAGCUCAGGAGGUCUACCGGUGCCAGGACAAGAGGCUGUUUCUGAAGGCAGUGAUUCCUGCCAUCAAAAGGAUUGAAGAGUUUGCCAAAGACCAGCUUGACCUUAGUCUCUCUACUGAGCUGGAGUUUACCACGCCCCUCGCUGAUCUGUCUGACGUCAAAACCAUGAUGGACUCCAUCAACGUGGUCCCAGCUCCAUCUGCUCCAGUUAUUAACCCUCAGGCGCCCAACUCUGCCACCCAGACGUCGCUCCGUGUGUGCUGGAGUCUCUUUUCCGAUGACACGGUGGAGUACUAUGAGCUCUACUACAGACCAGUGCUGGAAGACUCACCUGCCGAGUCAUCCUCUGCUGCUGUCAGCAUGGUGAAGGUGAAGGAGACCCACUGCUCUGUGACGGAUCUGCUGCCCAACGGUCAGUAUGAACUCUGGGUGACAGCCACCAACACCACAGGCAUCAGUCCUGCCAGUGAGAAAGCCUUGUAUGUCACAGUCCCAUCGCCACCUGUGAUCAAGCAGAGGCAGUGUUGCAGCUGUCCGGAGGCGGCCCUGCUACGCUGGGAGUCUGGAAACACCAAUCCUGUGGACUCUUACACCGUGGAGCUGUGUGAGAUGAAUGCUGACGGCACACAGGCGACCACUGAGUCCAUAGUUGGAGUCCCAACAUGUCAGUGUCUGAUCCAGCUGCAAGCAGGACGUCAGUACCGCAUUUCAGUGAAAGCAGUCAAUAUUGGCGGCCCCAGUGACAGGAGUGAAGUUGUUACUGUGUCCACAACAGGCACAUUCUUCCAUCUGCUGGAGGAGACGGCCCAUCCUUGUCUGGCCAUCUCUGAGGACGGGUUCACCAUCUUCAGUGGAGAUGAAGAGCUGCCCAUAAGUGCCAUGGCUUUGGACAGCAACACCUUCACCAGGUCUGUUGCCAUCCUGGGAGACUUGAUCCCAGUGAGAGGCCGACAUUACUGGGAGGUGGAGGUCGACGACGACACGGAGUUCAGGAUUGGUGUUGCAUAUGAAGAUACAGAAAGGAACGCUUACCUAGGAGCCAACAACUCCUCCUGGUGUAUGAGACACAUCAUCACACCAUUCAGGCACAGGUACGAGUUCCUGCACAGUGGCUGGAGCCCCGACCUGAGAAUCACAGUGAACCCGGUGCGUAUUGGAGUGGCUCUGGACUAUGUGAGAGGGACGCUGUCCUUUUUCAACGUGGAUCUGCAGCAGCACCUGCACACCUUCUACUGCAACUUCAGGGACUAUGUGAACCCCUGCUUUGCACUGGACAACCCAGGUGCUCUGACAGUGCACAACAGCAUUGAGGCUCCUACUUAUGCAUUCAUCUGAAAUUACACUUAAAUGUGGACUGUUUGUAAAGUGGAGAAUCUAAAUACCAAAGGCAAAAUGGAUGUCCAGUCUCUUUUAUUAUAUUCCAUGGGAACAGGCAAACACCUUUUUACCAAAAAAGGUUUCAUUAUUUUUUACAAUAUGAAACAAAACAGCUAUGGUGUUGGGACUUGGACAGAAAAAACAAUUUGAAAUGUUACAAAUUAAAACUGCAUUCACACAUUUUGAAGAAGGCAAAAACUCUGAGUCAAUGUUUAAAAACACUGGCAAACAAAGUUCAUGUGUGACACUGAAAAAAGUCCAGAUGAUAGUUGGGGGGAAAGGGAAGGUCGUCUCUAAACAGAUGUAUUUGAAAACAUUCUCCUCCAAAAAUACCUUAAGAAUCAGGCCACUAAUACAUUUCGCGUAGCUUCCCCACCCAGUUUACUGUUAAAUAGAUGCCUACUUAUGUCAGUGGUUCUCUACAUAACCACCCCAAAAAACUAGUGUUGUGUGGGCAUUAACCGCAAUGAAGCAAAGUGGCUGUGGAGAUGCAGAGUUGUAACUGGGGAAGGGGGAAUGGUUAAGAACAACUGGUCUUACUGCUGCAAGUUUUCUCCUCCUCUUCAUCGGAGGAGUCUUCUCCAUAGGGCACCAGCCCAGAUGAGUCAUCCAGCACUUUGGGCUUCUUGAAAAUCUCAGAAGCACCUGAAGGGACAAGGAAAGAGAAGAGGGAGAGGGAAAUUUGGAGACAUGAAGAAACCCAAUGGCCAGCAGCGAUUUAGCGUCCGUUCAGUCCGCAGCCCGGCAGGGAAGACAUUCAAAUGAAACGGCAGCAGGGAUCCGAAGGCAGACAGGCAGGUCCAGCAGCACAUGUUGAGAAAGAGAACAAGGGAGAGACAAGAAAACAUAUACAAGAAGAAAAUGUUAGUUUAAUGCUUCACUGCUCCGGAUCAUAAAGGUCUCCUGCAAUCCUCCACAGGGGGGAAGAUGCCUUCUUUGGACAUACAGCUACAUUAAAUAUAACAAACUUCAUAUCUUAGGAGAAAACUACAUACCCUGUGGUGGACUGACCCGGGUUUCUUUCACGACUUCCUUUGGCCUUUUGCGGGACACAGCAAACACUGGUGGGGGUGGGGGCAUGAGAAUCCUAAAAUAGCAAACAGGCACAACAUAAAAAUUCAAGACGCGUUUGUCAUACACUUUCUACACAGGGUCUGCGAUGCAAUGACAUGCGGAGAACCGUUGAGUCGCACAGAAUUAAGUACCAGUAACAUGCAAUACUAGUGCAGGAUCGAUAAAAAGGUCGUGAGUUAAGUACUGCACAGUGUGUGAAACGUAUGUAUCACAGAGAGCGGUUUAUUGCAGGUUAUAAAAACAUAAGGAUUAGGAUUGAUGAACCAAAUACAGACCUUUCCACUACUUUCUCAACUCGACCAGCAGACUGAGGUCGUCGAGGCUCUUCUGGGCAGCUGGCAGGGGGCUGCACACAAGGAGUAGAGACGCAUAGAACGUUAAAUGCAUUUACAAAGGUAGCCAAUUCCAAAACUAGUUACGGUUUCAAGGAUUUUGUUUAAAUUCUCAAGUUAAACACUCAUUUGUCUGGUUUUGUAAGCAAAUGCAGUGAUCCAAAGUUUACUUCUUCAAACAAUGGAUGUUCUCCCUGCUUUUUAAUUUAGGAGGCGAGUAUCAGUGAAUGCAAAAUGGUCUUCACUUGCUUCACUUUCUUUACCUCCAUUAAAAAAAACUGCUAUAUUCAUCAACUCUGUCAAUCAACAAUGGCCAUUUUUGAAAGACGCACCUGCUGUUGCUUCAACUCCUCCUGCACCUUUGUCUUCGAGUGUUCUACUCCUGUAGCGGAGUCAGGGGUUUCUUGACGUUUUGCCACACCAUUACUGCCUUGAUUCUUAACACAGUGAAGGAGUAGAUUCAACUUUUUUUAAGCUACUAAUAAUGAUAUUUACAUCACUCAUACAAGUCAGACUGAGCCACAACAGUCUACCUGACCGCUGCAUGAAAGCCAACACAACAAAAGAAUUCCAACUAGAAAAAAAAAAAAAAAAAGAGAUUACCUGGUCCAGAUAGGAUUGGGCAUUCUUUGGACACAUUGGGUACUGAACCAUUGCCUGAGCAGGUGGAGGAUUUGUCGGCGUGUCAGAUUGACUCGGGGGAGUAGUAGCAUUACCCCAAUAACCACUGGCUCCUGGAUACGCCGAGUAGCCAUCGGAAUAACCAUUUGCUGGGUAGCUGUACCACGACCCCUGGCAAGAGUAAUUGCUAUUAGGUGGAUAUCCAUGUGCUGCUGCAUAUGCUGAAAUGAAAGUAUAGAUGUUUAGUUGACAGCCAAUGUUCACAAACUCAUGAAUUACAACCCACUGUUGACCGAUCACAAGUGUCGAGAGAAAGGUCAUGUGGAUAAACUCAGAACAAAUUUAAAAUGAUGAAGAAACCUCUGAUAAAGUAUACUCACUUUGUGUUGAGCUAGGUGAAGUGUAUGUUGACAUCUUGGCAUAUUCCGAUUUCACCUGCAAAGUAAAAGAAUAUAAAGCUUUAUAAGUGACACGGCACAGGGCUCAGGUCUUUUUAACAGCCAUUUCAAAGUGUAGGCAGGCCCAGAGCAUUGGACGCCCCAACUAUGGACUCCUGGUAGUUCACACUGCCAGUGUUCAUUUAGGAGGCGGGUAUCAGUGAGAACUACAAGCUUCAUUAGUUUCACCUUCUUUAACCUCCAUUUAAACCUCAAAUGAAAAUAAAUAGCGUUACUUUUCAGUUUGAACUUACAGUUGCCAGUAGACUCUCUGUGAGUGUCUUAGCCUCCUCCAAUCCAGCUGCAUUCGGGUGGCUGCAACAAAAAAAUGGAGUUGAGUGUCUCCUUUGUAAACAAAUAUUGAACUAAACAUGCCAAAGAAGAAUACCUGAUGUAAAUAUAAAGCGGUUCAAACGACUCUCUUUUGGAUGCUUGCUCAAUGUAGCCAGAACCUUUUCCCCGGAGAAAAACUCUAGCACCAGUCUCACUCUGAAUGUGACCCAGAUAUCUGCCAGCAGGACCCUCAAUUUUCUCUUUAAUGUUGAAUGUAGGCAAGGCGUGGUCCAGACCCACAAAAACCUUGGUGUGCACAAAGCUCUGGGGAUAACAAAAGAGAAGCAAUUAGAUUAGAAAGCAGAUACUUUAUAACUAUACAGUUCCUGGAAUCUAUGGUCAGAAACCAGUUUGUUUCUGAGGUUCAUGAUUUGUAAACUCUUCUGGACAUUAUUUAAGUGACACAGUUCACGUUCCAACAGUGAUCCAUCAGUCUAACCCUGGAUUUGAGUCCAAGUAACAGCUACAUAACGGCUACAUUUCAUGUUCAGCAACAAUACAGCGUUGGUAGCUUUCCUUACCCCUACAUGUGGUGCCGCAGGUCGGUGUCCCUGAAUUACUGUUUGGUUGGCGUUUGGCACACCGGCAGGGUUCAUGGGCCGAGGUGCCUGGGGGUAGAUUGUUAUUGGCGGAAUUACAGGCAUCUGUUGCCCUAAAGCAGCUGAUGCCUUUGUCACUUCCUCCGAGAUGACUUCCUUUAUUCUACCCACAGCUCCUAAUGACAGAGAAGACAUAAAAUCACCAUUCUGUUCAGGCAGAGAGCACAUACAGCCACCCCUACAAUUUACAUGCCUACUUAUUCAUUAACAAUUUGGGAUGGAUUUGGGUCACAACUAAAUAAGUCUUGUAAAUGAAGUUGACACAUUUUCAAAACCAGAUUUUAAGAUGACUAUUCACAACAGUCACUUACUGUUUACUUGCUCUUGGGUCUUCCCCUGCACAUGUAAAUACAAAGGUUUUUGGCUGUGAAGAAGCAGAAACUGAAGGUAAACAGACAAUAUUCUAAUGGUCUUAUGGUAAUGAAAAAGAACAGACAAGGUAACAGUGUUACACAUUAUUUAAAAAUGAAUACCCAGCUGACUGUUGCUUUUCAACAUCUGUCAUGUAAUGCCCUUUAGUUGAGACCACUGCACCACUUAACAGUCGUAUCUGAAAUAAAAAUCACAACUCAGUUAAGAUUAACAAGUCAAGGUCCUUGUUUAAGAGUUUGAAUCUUGGUAGAUUGACACUAACUUCCUCUUGUGUUUUGCCUUUUGUAAGAAGAUCUCUGCAGUUUAUUGGUACGUCAUUAAUGUCUACUUCAGCGACAGCGAUCUCAUCUGGGAUUGGCAAUGUAGGCGCACGUGGAGAAGCCUGAAAAAGGGGUAAAAGAAAUGUCAGAUGAUUUUCAUUCACCUCAAAAAACUGCCAAAUGUCCCAUUGUGGGAUGAACAAAGGACUAUUACUGGAUAUUCAAACUUACCUUCGUGAGUAAUGGUUGAGGAGUUAAAAGUUUUCCUUUAGCCAUCAACAUAGCAUUUAAUUUAGCUGCCAUGGCUGCAGCCACUUCUACUCCUCCUUGGGAUGGCACCUUUUCUGACCCAUCCGCCACACCACUGUCUUUUUUCUGGAGAGACUGGGACACAGUGCUGCUGUGAACCCCUGAUAAGGAGCCAUGACUUGGUAUACUUCUACUGCUGCUUGGUGGAUGUGCAGGUACUCUGGCAUUGGGCUGAGCCGCCUGGUCCCACCGACUGGUCAGGCAUCUAUCAAAUAAGGAAAAAUAUAAAAGGUCAUUACAUAAGGUAAUCUAAUCAAAACAAAGUCCUCAUUGAACAAGCGCAAACCAAUUACUCACAAAUAACCAAAUGGCAAGCGGAGACUUUUAUUUUCGUGUUUUGCAAAAAGAAAAUGAACAACUUUCACACAAAUCCAAACAGUCUGGAUUGACUCAUUAAUACGUUUCGUCUAAUUGCAUCUUAAUGGACAAUUCAUAAAGUGGGUGGAUCAGAAACGAAUUGCACUACAUUAAUAGCAAAAUAUGGUUAGAAUAAUACUGGUUUGUAGUUGAUGCAGCCUCAUAGUGCGGGUCGCAACUUGGCGUUGCUAACCCCAAGUUAGCACGAGUUGAAAAGUUCGAGAAUUUGACUAAAACAUCAAUAAGGGACUUUAAUUAACCGGUUGUGUGCAACCCCUUAUGUGACAACAUAAGAAAUGGAGCAAACUUCAGUCGAAUAUUGUGGCCUAUCUUGAGUCAAAUAGACGCUUUAAUAGGCAGGCCACGGAAAACAUGCUAACAAACGCUAGCAUUAGCCAGUUGAGCUUACAUAGGUUUUAGCACUGUUACGCUAUACAUGGAAGUUAAACAGACUCACGGUGUUUGCCCAGUCAUUCCAGAGGACAUGUUACCCUUCAAGAAAUCAACGAUGAUAUGGGAAGUGAUACUUAUCGGAGAGAAAAAGCCAUCGAGCUCGACUCCCAACAAAGUUCUGCUUUACGGCUGGUCGCAAAGUGAGGCACAAUGCGGAAGUUGGUCAUUUUGUAGGUUUUUUUCUUUAUGUAAAACAAAUAUUUUGUUUAAUAGAA